GCGGUAAAUUUAGUCGUAGACAGUUCUUUAUUUAAAAUAUUAACUUUUUUAUAUUAAAGUUGUAUUGAGACUUUAAUUUUUAAAUUUAAAAGUGAAUGUGAUUAUCAGUGGCCAUAUAUUUUGCACGUAUUUUUUACAAUGGAUUUGAGAUUGUGUGUUUUCCUCUUCCUGUUUUCGUUAGGUGCGACAGGCCGUCCGCGAUCCGUCAUCAUUCCUGAGGAGCUACCUUCCCUGUUGUCAGUCGCAUACUCCAACAUACCGCCUAUUAAGAAGGGCACAGAUUCCCGCCUCGGUUUCGGCUACGCGUUCGGCAACCACGCUGACUUCCAGGUGGUGUUGGAGCUCGGCCCACAGACCAACACACAGAAUUUGACUGGAACGGGAUUCGUAGCAGCAAGUAACGCGAAGCGACAGGCGCCUGCGCCGCUGUCAUUGAAGCCUAACAAAAGCAGAGAAAAGUACCUCCAGUCGGAGGCGGGCAAGUACCUGCAGGGCUGGGCGCAGAAGAUGAAGCUCCCGCCGAGCGCGGGCCGGCCCCGGCCCGGGGAGGUGCCCAACCUCGAGGACGCUGUGGUGGAGCUGGUCAGGAACAGCAAGGGCGAAUUUGAGAUCCACCAGCCGAAGCCGGGGCAUCUGCCGCAGAACGUGCUCGACGAAUUGAAACGGUUAUACGGCCUGAAGAAGCAGGAAGCCAUUCAGUUGGGGGAGAAGAAGAGAACAGCAGACGAACUGAAGAAGAUCACCGACGAUCUGUCUAACGUCGACCUGGAUUGAGGGACUUAAUAAAUAAAUUGAAAAACCAUGUAAUUAAACAUGUUAAACAGUAUUUUUUGUUAAUCUAUACUCUUUACUAGCUGCGUUCCUAGACUUCGAUCCUAUGAUUAUUUUGGGAUAAAAGGUACCCUAUUUGAUGUAGCUGUUUAUAUUCUACACGUGUACAAAAUUUCAUUAAAAUCUGUUGAAACGAAUUCGCGUGGUUGAGUAACAAACAUCUUCACUUCAAUAAAAUAUUAUUGCUUACUGCAAAAUGUUGUCACUUGCCUCUACCAACUAUAUCCACAC